CUAGUGCCCAUCGCAGUUCCUCACCAAAAUCAAGAGACAGAGCACUGUGAAGAUCCUUCAUGCUCUUUACAGGAGGGCCUUUUGAGCCAUCACAGUGUCAGCAGCAAUCAGAAGAAAAUGCGAACGUUUGUCUCAAUAGCCCAGAACGCAUGGGGAAUUUUUAUAUCUGAAAGGAAGCCUGGCUGGAAGUAUCUGAUGCAGCUUUUUGCAGUUUGCUCUGCAGUUGGCUUCCUCUCAAGCUUUCUCUUAUUCCUUGGCAUGCACUUCUCCCUGGCACACCACCCUUUGGGUCCCUUACUGAUUUCUGGAUUCGUCUGGAUCUCACUUUCUAUCGCGCUGUCCUGUUUCAAGCACCUGCGCUGUUUUAGUGUCCUGUUCCUCCUUUCUUGUGGAUUGCAAAAUGGCAGGAAUGCUCUUAUUACUGCUGGCACAGGUGUUGUGGUGGCCGGCAACAUCCAAAAUAUUUUUCACAACCUAAAGAUUCUGGCAGACAGUAUAACCUGUCAUUUAGAGUAUGAGCAAUUUGCCUUGAUAAAAUAUUAUGUUGAGGCAGUAAAAUGGAUUUACGAGGCGGCCAAGCUUUCCACUGAACUAUCUAAACAGAUAGUGUUCCUAAGGCAUGAAUUUGCACCAUCUUAUUCAAUUUCAGAUGAUGCAUUAAAACAAGAGCUAAAUGACACAAAGCAAGAAAUCCAGAGAGUUGCCAACCAGAUAUCUUUCAUGCUGACUGUACUGCCCUAUAUAGGCCAGAAAGCACUGCCUAUAUUGGGGAUUUUUCUAGCUUCUUUUGGAACUGGCCUCUUUAUCAAAAAAUUUGUGGGCUCUCACAGUGCCAAAUUUAAGAAUACUUAUAUCACAAAACAGUUCAUUGCGUUUGAUGAGCACCAAAAGCAACAGCAACGACCCUGUCUUCUGCCACUUAACAGAAAAGAAAGAAAAGAUUAUGUGACAAUCCCAUCUUUCUGCCUCACAAGGAAGGACAGAAAAAACAUGCAGCGUUUUUUUCUCCCUGUAAUUAUUCAUCUUUGCAUAUGGCUUCUGUUUGCUGCAGUAGAUUAUUUGUUUUAUUGGCUAAUUAUUUCUGUGAAUAAACAUCUCCGAGAAGUACCGGAUCUAGAGAUUCAGCUCAGCCUCUUUCAGCAAAGGAAUGAGAAUAGCUUUAUCUUUCAUGUGACAGAGCACAUUCAAAAGACUGAUCCUUUCAAGAUCUCUUUGUUUAAGCAUGACUGCAUCCCUCAGCCAGAGCUCGCUCUUUCCACAACAUGGAUCCAGCUUGGAGUCAUCAUCUUCUUCUUAAUCAUUUUUGGAUUAUUCUCUGGCCUCCUGACCCAACUUAAAAUACUGGUGUCAACUUCAUUUUAUCCUGACACUGAGAUGAAACGGAUACAUUAUUUGCAUGCAAAAUUACUCAAGAAAAGAGCAAAGCUACAAGAGAAAACUGGGAAGAAUGUGUUUGCUAGAACGGUCAACUUUUGGUUUCCAAUACUCAAGGCAAGAGAGGCAGUGAGGAAGAAAGAAAGGAGUGUGGCAAAUGACAGCAUGGUGUGAAAGAGACCAAGUGAAUCUUUGGAUAAGGCUGAGAUGCUCUAGCUCCACAGGGACCUGUGUUUCGCACCCAUCUUUCCUAUGGAAUGUCAAUCUUAAAAUGUAAAAAAUAGGAUCAAAGGCUAAUCAUCAGUAUUUUUGGAAAAGUGCAGAAAAGAAGCCACGGGAGACAGUGUGCUCUCCACCACAGAGAGAUCUGGGUUGCAUUAAUACUUGUUUUUCAACUUGGGGUCUGCAUUGUCUGGUACUUUAGAAACCUGUGGAGGGUCUGUUCUUCUGUGUAAAAGCAAUCAAACAGCUUGGACCUUUUAGUACUACAGCACAAACCUCUUUGCAUUGAGCUAACAGAGGACAUAAUGGCAGUAGCAGGUUUAUCUUCUUCACGUUUGCCAGACACUGAAGAUAGAAGACACAGCAGAGGCUGUCCAUUGGCUUCUGGGCUAGCCAAAAACCUAACUAGAGGGCUUAGAUGUUUCUAGACAUUUCUAUUUCUCAACCCUCAACUGCCCCAAACCCUUCAGCCGGGUUCUUUCCCAUCCCUAGCUUCAUAUACCUGCUCCUGCCUCUGUAGUCAUCUCUUCUGCAGGGCCAGUGGUCUACAUGCCCUGUCAAUCUUCUAGACCAGCCAAACUCUCCCUCCCACCUUGGCUCCCCCACUUACUUCUGCUGAUUUGUCUCUCCAAAGCUUCUAAUCCUAGUUUCCUACCUGGAUUUCUUCACCUGUUCUUAGUCUCCCACUUUCACAUAUCCAUAGACUGUAUCACUAGUGCAGAUUGUCCUGUAUCUUUGAUGAUCAUGAGACAGGUAAUGUAGCACAUGCAGAAGUGGGAAUGCUCACAAGAGCUAUAAUACAGAGGAAUCAGGUGCUGUGGGUGCAAACAAGCUGGUUUUGAGGUAUAGGGGCAUACGAGCAGAGGUGAACAAUGCUUUGAAUCUUGCAGUCCGAGGGAGGCUGCAGAAGUGGCAAAAAUGGGCUUAAUUAUGUUGAUAAAGCCACCAUUGACUUCAAAGAAACAAAACUGAGCCAAUACUGAGUGCUUUACCUAUUCAACUAACAUCGGUGAUGUGACCAUAUGACACAAGAACAAAUGCUAAAAGCAUAAAGACAUAGGAACGGCUUGACUGACGUGGCACUAGAGAUUUAACGUAGAGCUAAAAAUCUACCCAACAGGCAGUAUACUCUUGAUUUUCAGCCACAGCCAAAUUCUUUCUUUAGGUUGCGUAAUAGCAAACUCUGUUCCUCUAUAAUACGUGCAUGGUCCCAGGACAGCUAUUGAUCGAUGUCUCGUCUAUCGGAAUGAAUAAAGACAGUAGCAAGUGUCAGAAGUUAUUUUCCACUUGAAACACUGAAAAACACCAAGUCUUUUUUUCUUUGGGUCUUCAAAACGAAGCCUCACUCCUCCAUGGACACAGGUAGUUCAGGUUGCUGGUGUGCCAAUAAUUUGUCUGUAGAAAAUGAGGUACUAGAUUAAAGCCAUGCAUUAUUGAGGGUUGUGCUGAAUGUCUCCGAGUGGCCUGACUAUGUCCUCUUUUGCUAAAGCAGGACAGCCUUGGAUAGUAGCAGAACAUCAUUUAUAUCCCAGGUACUACUGUCAAGGACCAGUAGCAAGAAGCAUUCAGGUGAAAAAGAAGCAAAAUGAAGGUUGCUCUAAAUUUGUUUUCACAAAACAGACUAGCUGUCCAGGUGCUAUUGACAAGCGGAUAUAUUUGUUCACUCUUGUUAUCAUUGCAGAUGAAAGCUGAAGAGUUAAAUGUCAGCAAGAGCUGAGCAUUUUUGGUUGAGUUCUGACAAGUUCAUUGCUAGUAGGAGUUGGAUAUGGUCCUUUCGGUCCCAAAGGACAGGCUGGUGAGAAGCCCUGAUCUCCUACUGAUUACAAUGCCCAAAGGCAGGGGCAGGUCUGAUUGACAGCACUACCACAAAACACUACUGCUUCAUUUGGCAUCAGGAUGCAAAAUUUGUUUUGGAGUUUCUUGCCUUUCCUGUUUGAUGGUGUGUUGCCACCCAGCAACCUUUUCUCUCCGUUGUUCUGCGAGCAGCAAACAAAAGCUUUGCAGCACAUGGGAAUGGUUCAUCAAAAUGACUCAGAUGGGGGUCAAUGGUUGGGAGAGAUACCUAAAUCUGUUAGGAUUUUGAGUUCUGGAGUACAGUCUCAGGACAAUACCACGCCUGUACUUUGUAUUUACUUCAGGAAAUUAAGCCUAGUGGGAAUGACUAUUAAAAAGAGCCAUUAGUCUUUGGUAGGACAGGUGAGACCUUGCAGGGUUUACAGAACAGUGUUGUACCUGAAUGCUGGGGCUCCCAACACUAACUGGCAGGGCAGCUUACUGAGUAUUGCUUAGCUUGCUCCCUCAAAUUGGUAAGAGUCAUGGCAGUGAUAAAAGCCAAUCCUUCUUGGAAAGCUAAUUGUAAUUCUGUACAAAAUGUUCAGCUCUGGUGAAUAUUUUACCUAGAUGCUUGACCCCACUAUCAGUGACAAAAGACAUGGAAAAGCCCAAGGUACUUCUUUGUCAGGUCUUGACAGGUAAGACUGAUCUUUAGCCAUACCAGGCCCCUCAGACCAGAGGGAAAGUCUGGAGCAAGACUUACCCCCCAUGAAGCAUGACAUGGUUAGAGCGCACUUAAACACACUGGAUGUAUUUAAGUCCACAGGACAUGAUGGCAGGCACCCAUGGGUGCUGGCUGGUGCCAUUGUGAGGCAACUCUCAACUAUCUUUGAAAGGUCAUGGUGAUCAGGAGAGGUUACUGAGGACUGAAAGAAAGCAAAUGUCACUCCCAUCUUCAAGAAGGGCAAGAAGGAGGGAGGAUCUGUUAAACUACAGGUUUGUCAGCCUCACCUCCAUCUGUGGGAAGGUGAUAGAGCAAUUUCCCCUAGAAGCCAUUUCCAAACAUAAAGUCCAGGAACUUGGCUAGGAUAUCACCUAAAUAUAAGAAAAACUUUUUUACUGUGAGGGUGGUCAAACACUGGAACAGAAUGCCCAGAGAUGUUAUGGAGUCUCUAUCCUUGGAGAUAUUCAAAACCCAAUAGACAUAGCUCUGAGCAACUCAGAGCAGCGGGGCUGGAGCAGGUAUCUCCAGAGGUGACUGCCAGCCUCAGCCACUGUGUGAUUUGGUGACUUUUACACAAAGCAUUGCAGAAAACAUAUUAGGCAUACACAGCAAAAGCUUGUGUUAAUUUGUGAAUGUGCUGUGCCAGCACCAGGGUGGCACCUGACGGAUAUUGUUGCCAUUACACUCAUACUGGAGUCACGCACUUGAGUGGACUAAUGCACUGUUUGCUUCUGUGACCAUACACAUGCAUACCCGUGUGCUGAAGGCAGGCAAAGGAGAUAAGUUGCUCUUCACCCAUCUCCCUAAACCUGGGUUACCAGGGAAAAUGGUAUAUUCCGCACAUUUUGUUUUUAAAUUCUAAAAGAAAUUCACCUUUGGUGCCUCAAAGACAUUGAGGUUUAUCUCAGUGGUAGAACAGUUCUUACCCUGAUCCACAGUACUUACCCUGAUCCACAGUAUUAGGUCUAUUCCCUCAGCUGCCCAGUGGUCCUCUUUAGUCAUACAGAUGAAGAGGCAGGUCUGUCUCUCCACUGGUAUUACACAGAGACAUACCUCUCAUUCUCUGCAGACCUUACUUGAUUUCUGUUUUCUUCCACUUGUUUCUGUCCUGUGAGCUGGGGAAGUCUGGAGGUUUGUUUAUCUUCAGCUGUCUCCUCUGCAAGUUGUUCAGCUAUUCCCUUUGCCUCGCUGUUUACCAUAACCCUCAACCACAUGAUUACAUUGUUCUUUUUUUCUUUAAAAAAAAAAAAAAAA